AGUCGUAAUUAGCCGACCAGCCAUCAUUUCAGCCGGGAGGAGCGCAGGCGGCAGGCAGGCGGCAGGCGGUAGUCAGAAUGGUAUGAAAUCAUACGGCUUACAGAGCAGUACGGAUACCUAUGCCUGCCUGCCUACCUAGGCAGCUACUACUACUACUACUACUAGGUACUCGUUGGAACUGGCUUCCUCCACAGUACAAGUACGUACCGUCCGUGGACCUGUCCCCCACUAUGAGGACCCAAGGCCAUAAAAGCUGCGAAAUCCAUGCGCCCACUAGCGUACAUAGUACGAAAGAGAAGGGUUAUGGGUGCGGGUGGACGUUCCGUUGCCUUGUCGUGUGCAUAACCCCCCCGUUCGGAUACUACACCGUACUGAUUACUAUGUGCGAAUAUAUAGGUAGGUAGGUAGGUAGGUAGGUAGGUAUGUACGUACACUACGGAUACCGCAUCUUACCUAGGUAUCCGUACUGCAUCUGCUCUUUGACACACCAGCAACUCUGCCGGGCACAUCGAACCUGACUAAGGAGAGCUGAGGCGAGUGGGGACGAGAUUGUCA